AUGGGCGGCGGUUGUCACUUACAAGUCCGUCUCAAGAACGGAUCCGUGUCACCGAGGCGGCCCGGGCGCUCCGAAGUCGCAGCCGCAAUUGAACAAUGGGCCGGCUUCGCCGCGGGCCCGACGAGAAAAAUUAAUUUAGGCAUCGGUGUCGGCCGUCGACCCCAGCGCUUGCGAAACCGAUUGCGCGCGCUCGGUUUGUGCAAUCGGCGGACACAAUGCCCCGACGAAUCUGCCAGCCCUCAGAGACGCCCGCAUGUGGCGAAACCCGACUCUUCAAUAACAUUGCCCCCGCCGAGAACAGCUAAACAAGAACCGAACCGCCCUAAACUAUCCCGCACGCUGCGAUACCGUUCCAGCUUGAUAUUUCGC